AUGCUGUCCUCUCUUUCCCGCGCCACAGCCCUUUCGCUGGCGGCGCUGUCCUGCCUCACUGCCUCAGUCGCCGGCCAGGCGUUUGAGCGACUGAGGGCCGUGCCCGACGGCUGGCGAUACGAUGGCACGCCCUCCUCCAACCAGCCGAUCCGCCUGCGAAUUGCCCUGAAGCAACAAGACGAGCCCGGCUUCGAGCAGGCCCUGCUGGACAUGUCGACCCCCGGCAGCGCCAACUACGGCAACCAUUACCGCUCCUAUCGCGAGAUGAAGGAGCUGCUCAUGCCCAGCGCCGACUGCACUGCCUCGGUGCGCCGCUGGCUGCAGUCCGCCGGCGUCUCCGAGUACGAGCAGGACGCCGACUGGAUCAACUUCCGCACGACCGUCGACCAGGCCAACUCGCUGCUCGACGCCGACUUCCUGUGGUACACCACCACCGACGACAACGAGAGCGAUGCCCGCAUCCUGCGCACCCUGCAAUACACCGUGCCCCCGUCCGUGGCCGAGCACAUCAACAUGGUCCAGCCGACUACACGCUUCGGCGGCAUGCGCUCCAACCGCGCGACGAUGCGAGCCAAACCAGCCUUCUUCGAGACGGGCCGUAUGAUCCUCGAGGCCAUCGCCGCCGGCACCCUCGACCACUGCAAGGACGCCGUCACCCCCGGCUGCCUGUCCAACCUGUACAACACCUUCGGCUACAUCCCCGACCCCAAGCGCGGCAGCAAAGUCGCCUUCGCCAGCUUCCUCGAGCAGUACGCGCGCUACGACGACCUGGAGGAAUUCCUCGAGAAAUACGCCCCCCUCUCGACCGGGCAGAACUUCUCCGUGAUCCCCUUCAACGGCGGCCUCAACGACCAGUCCUCCACUGAAGACAGCGGCGAAGCAAACCUCGACCUGCAGUACCUCCUCGGCGUCAGCGCCCCCCUGCCCGUCACCGAAUUCACCACCGGCGGCCGCGGCAAGCUCAUCCCAGACCACAGCUCGCCAGACCCCGCCGCAAACGACAACGAGCCCUUCCUCGACUUCCUCGAGGGCAUCCUCAAGCUCGACCAGCAGAAACUGCCGCAAGUCGUCUCCACCAGCUACGGCGAGAACGAGCAGACCGUCCCAGAGCCCUACGCCCGCUCCGUCUGCAAUCUGUACGCCCAGCUCGGGUCGCGCGGUGUCUCUGUGAUCUUCUCCUCCGGCGACUCCGGCGUUGGCUCUGCAUGCGCUACAAACGACGGCAGAAACAAGACGCACUUCCAGCCUCAGUUCCCGGCUUCAUGCCCCUGGGUGACCUCCGUCGGCGGGGUGAACGGCUCCCUCCCCGAACAGGGAAUCUACUUCUCCUCGGGCGGGUUCUCGGAUUUCUGGACCCGGCCUAAGUACCAGGAUGCGGCGGUGGGCGCUUAUCUCUCGCAGCUAGGGAACAAGCAGGCGCAGUACUUUAACCGCAGUGGCCGUGCGUUCCCUGAUGUUGCGGCGCAGGCGGAGAACUUCGCUGUGGUGGAUAAGGGGCGUGUUGGGAUGUUCGAUGGCACGAGUGCGUCGACGCCGGUGUUUAGUGGCGUUGUGGGCUUGCUGAACGAUGUGCGUCUUGCGGCUGGUCUGCCGGUGCUGGGAUUCCUGAACCCGUGGCUGUACAAGGAUGGGUUCAAGGGGUUCAAUGAUAUCGUGGAUGGAGGCAGUACCGGGUGUGAUGGCAAUGAUCGGUUCGGGGGCCCUGACAAUGGCAGUCCGGAGAUUCCUUAUGCCAGUUGGAAUGCCACCAAGGGCUGGGAUCCUGUGACGGGGUUGGGCACGCCGGACUUUGCGAAGCUGAAGGACCUGGUGCUCAAGGCUUGA